AUGCCCCCCCAGGGCGAACAGCCGGUGGGGGCCGGGGGGGGGGGGGCUGGCUGGGGGAAGGCGGCAGUGGUGGUGAAAGUGCAUGUGCCCCAGGAAAGCCCCGAGGCACCUCAGGGUAACGAUUCGGGAGCGUCGAAACCAUAUUCCAAUCGCUGUGACCAUAACCGGAUAGUUGAUGCUCUGCUUUCUACUUCCCCAAACUCCCUCGAUUCAGGGAGAGUCCCGUUAACUUGGAAGAUAGCAAACCUAACUCGGUUGUUCAAGACUUGCUGCAAUGUGGAUAUUGGAGAGCCGACCAGCGGUGGACAGGCAACCCUGACCGGCAGCUCAUCUAUCAACCAGCUGGACCGCGGGCGGAGAGGGAUCUCCUGUGCGUCGGACGAGUAUAAACCCAGCUGGAAGGACUACUGCUGUAAUAAAUGUACCGAAGGUUUCUAUAGGACUGCUGACUGCACAGGCCCCGGCACUCGGACUAACUGCUCCUCCUGUCCCCCCGAAACCUUCACUCAGUAUGCAAAUCACUUAAAGAAAUGUAAAUCCUGUCUGCAGUGCGACCCAGUUUUCAACCAGGUUGAGGUGCGGAAAUGCGAGAGCACCCGGGAUCGUGUGUGUGGAUGUCCCAAGGGAAUGUUCCAGAAAAAGAUCGAAACGCUGACGUUCUACUGUCAAAACUGCAGCUCCUGUAAGAUUGUGCUCCGCGAGUGUUCAGGGUACAACGACACGAUCUGUCACUGUGACCACGGCCAGUAUUACAACACACAGACGAAGGAAUGUCAGACAUGUGACAGUUGUAAUCAGGGCUUGACCUGUAUCAGCAUGUGUUCCCAAACCUCAGCGCCUGUGAAUCACCACAUCUUCAUUCUGGCUGUUUUCUCGAGUUCUGUUCUGUUUGUGGUGGUGGUUGGCUUAAUGGCCUAUGCCAUGAAAAAUAAAUGGAAAAAAUUGAGUGGUCUUCAGAGCCUCACUGAAACCGGAACCGGAGUCCAAUCCGAAGUGAGUGAGUCCGAGAAUCUCAAAAAGCCGGUAUGGGAUAUAUCAGA